UUAGCUAGUUUCGUUCUCCGCUGUGGCCACACAAAUGUGCAUCUACGAUGGCCACAUUGGGCCUGUCAAAAGUGUUCAUACUGGAUAAAUACUUUACGGAAUUGCAAAAGUUUUGGGAGACCGAGAAGAAGCUGCAGGAUGCCUCAUCGUCCAAUGAGGCUGUGCACCUACAGCAGCGGCUCAAGAGUCUGAGCACUGAGCUGCUGGUCAUGCGCAAUCGGCUGCAUGUGGAGAGUCAAGGACAUGGCCGGGCCAACGAUGUGCAGCAUCACAGCAUGGGAGCAGGCGCUGGAGUUGCUCUAGGCGCAGGCGGUGCGAAGGCAGCCAACUACGACCUGAACGCAUCCAGUCCAAAUUUGAAUCUGGGCAAUGGUGGGCUGUCGUCCAGUGCAUUGCAGCAGCAUACCAACGGAGGUGGCCAGCAUACCCUGCCCAAGCAUGCGUACAAUUACAGUCAGACGUUGCCAAGCAAUUCGUGCUCCAAUGCUGUUAUCUCGGCUCGGAACACAUCCAUUCCGCAUCCGUUGCCACACCAGCUGAGUGAGAAGUCCGCUGUGGGUCAUCACAAGGGAAACAAUGCGGGAUUGGGUGCUACGUCGGCGUUGCCCCCAGCCCCCUUGCCGCACAGCCUCAAUGCCAGAUCCAAUACUCUGCCCAUGCGCAGCUCCACAGCCAACGCUCUGGUUGCCUCAGCGGCUUUGCAGUCGAACGGCCAACAGUUUCCCCAAUCAGCCAAGCACGUGAAUCCUUGCCAGAGCGUGAAAACCUUGCCGUUCGGUUUUGGCUUUGCAGCAUCCAGUGGCAAGCAGUCGCAGGUCAGUCGCCUGCCCAAGGACAUGCAGGAUCUGAUACAUCUGGCGGGCCCACUCACCGAGCAUGCCGUCAUGCAUACCCUGCAGGCGCGCUUCAACGAGCAGCGCUACUUCACUAAUGUGGGCUCAAUUCUGCUUUCGAUUAAUCCCUACCUGGAUGUGGGCAAUCCGCUGACACUCACUUCGACGCGAGACUUGCCGCUGGCACCACAGCUGCAGAAGAUCGUACAGGAGGCGGUGCGUCAGCAGAGUGAAACCGGCUAUCCGCAGGCCAUCAUCCUCUCGGGUACCAGCGGAGCAGGGAAGACAGCGAACGCCAUGCUCAUGCUGCGCCAGCUCUUUGCCAUUGCCGGUGGGGGUCAAGAGACGGAUGCGUUUAAGCAUUUGGCCGCCGCCUUUACAGUAUUACGUUCCCUUGGGUCUGCUCAGACAACGACUAACUCCGAGUCCAGCCGCAUUGGUCAGUUCAUAGAGGUGCAGGUGACGGAUGGCGCACUCUAUCGUACCAAGAUCCACUGCUACUUUCUGGACCAGACACGCGUCAUUCGACCUCUGCCCAAGGAGAAGAACUAUCACAUUUUCUACCAGCUGCUCGCUGGCCUCAACAGAGAGGAGCGCCAGAAGCUGCAUCUGGAGGGCUACUCGCCAGCAAAUUUGCGCUAUCUGCGUGGCGAUGUCGCCCAGAAUGAGCAAGAGGAUGCGGUGCGUUUCCAGGCUUGGAAGACCUGUCUGGGCAUAUUGGGCAUACCUUUUCUAGAUGUGGUUCGUGUCCUCGCUGCUGUCUUGUUGCUGGGCAACGUUCAGUUUAUCGAUGGAGGGGGGCUUGAGGUAGAUGUGAAGGGCGAAACGGAACUUAAUUCGGUGGCCAGUCUCUUGGGCGUGCCACCGGCGGCACUGUUUCGCGGUCUGACCACACGCACCCACAAUGUGCGCGGGCAGCUGGUGAAGUCGGUCUGCGGCGAUGGCGAUGCCAACAUGACGCGCGAUUGCCUGGCCAAGGCGCUCUACUGCAGACUGGUGGCAACGAUUGUGCGACGAGCGAACAGCCUGAAGCGCCUGGGCUCCACUCUAGGUACGUUGAGCUCAGACUCCAAUGAGUCUGUGCACAAUCAGGCGGAUGCAGCAUCUCAGCACGCAUCGACCAUUGGCGGCGGCAAUGCGGGCUCCAAAUCGAUGGCCGCAUUGAACAAUGCAGUGCGACACGCAACGGAUGGAUUCAUCGGGAUAUUGGAUAUGUUCGGAUUUGAGGAGCCAUCACCACACGCACAGCUGGAACACUUGUGCAUCAACUUGUGUGCCGAGACGAUGCAGCAUUUCUACAACACGCACAUAUUCAAGUCAUCCGUGGAGUCCUGCCGAGACGAGGGCAUUGUUUGCGAGACCGAGGUAGACUAUGUGGACAAUGUGCCAUGCAUCGAUCUGAUAUCCUCGCUGCGCACUGGCCUGCUGAGCCUGCUGGACAUGGAGUGCUCAGUGCGGGGCACAGCUGAGAGCUACGUGACCAAGCUGAAGGUGCAGCACCGCUGCUCUACGCGUCUGGAGACUAGAACCGCAUUAGAGCCGGAUGAUCCGCGACUCUUUGCGAUUCGACACUUCGCUGGACGCGUCGAGUAUGACACGACUGAUUUUCUGGACACCAAUCGGGACGUCGUGCCGGACGAUCUGGUCGCCGUGUUUUACAAGCACAGCUGCAACUUUGGCUUCGCUACGCAUCUCUUUGGAUCCGAGCUGAAGGCGCUUUAUGCCCAGCAGCAGGCACCACGUGGUCUCAGCUUCCGCAUCUCACCCACCUCGCACUCAGACCUACUCAACGGCGAUGAGCCCGUCUCGACACUCACUCAGGACUUUCAUACGCGUCUGGAUAAUCUGCUGCGCACCUUGGUCCAUGCUCGUCCCCACUUUGUGCGCUGUAUCUGUAGCAAUACAUUUGAGCAGCCGGGCAGGUUUGAGCGCGCGACGGUGGUGCGGCAGAUCCGAUCGCUGCAGGUCUUAGAGACGGUUAACCUGAUGGCCUCCGGAUUUCCGCAUCGGAUGCGAUUCAAGCAGUUCAAUGCGCGCUAUCGCAUGCUAGCUCCCUUCCGACUACUCCGACGCACCGAGGACAAAGCUCUAGAGGACUGUCAGCUAAUACUGCAAUAUGCCAUGGGCAUGGAGCAGUUACCCGUACAGGAUGGAUCCGUCACGUUGGCCUGGGCGCCGGGCAAGCGCCAUGUGUUCAUUAGCGAGGGCAUACGCCAGCAUCUGGAGCAUCUACGCACAGAGAUUCGGCACAAGAGUGCCACGCGAAUGCAGUCCACUUGGCGUGGCUGGUGGUGGCGCAAGAAGAUGGGCAACAGCCUGAAACAAUCCUGCCGCCCCGAUACCGGCCUAAUUGCUGCACUGCCUGCCAUUGCCAGCACCUGUGCCAAGCUGGUCAAUGCCCACAACAAUCCCAAUGGAAAAGUGACCUCUGCCGCUAUGGCCGCAUUAGCUGCGGUGGCUAGUGCAGCUCCUAGUACAGUGCCACGUCUCUCUGCGAAGUCCACAAAUCCAGCUCCGUGUCUGGGCAUUGGCGGCACUGUGACUCGCCCGCGACCACAGCCCAUUGCUGGCACCCCACCUCCAGAUCCGCAUGAGAAAUGCGACCAGAAGAUUAUCCAGCAAACAUGUAGCCUUUUCGGAUUAGAUUUGGAGCGACCACCACCCGUUCCGCUGUCACGGGCUUACACAAUCACAGCCAAUUCAAAGAAGCUGGGCUAUCCGCAGAGUCGGAUCAUGAAAAUGAAUUUUCCAGAGGACGCGCUAGCUAAUCCGGCUCCAGCUCUAUCGCCGACGGCCUCAGCCGAGCUGCAGCAGUUGAAAAAAGGAGACACCGUCACAGUUGUGGGCGCCUCCAGUGGUCGAGGUCACCUGAUUGUCGAGCACAAGGGUCAAACCUAUCAUGUGCCGUUUCAGUAUAUGGAGCUAGCGUCUGGUAGCAAUGCUCCCAGCAAUGCCAACCUGGGCAUUCAAUCCGCUUUGAUGUCAACUGGAGCGACUAACGGGGUGAAGAUAUAAUACGACUACACUGGCCAACAAGCUGUCAUGAAAUUUAAUCACAGCAUUAGACUAAACUUUUCCAAAGAUUGGGAUUUCAAUCUGAAUACUUCACGAUAUCUGUACCACACACUUAUUAUUUGGAAAAGUUUAGCCUGCUUUUUGUUUCUAACUCAUGUAGGCCUGUGUAAUUGAGCUAAUCGAAGAGUGAAUCCAACUAUCUGCGUCAAAGACUGUAAAUAACUGACUGUAGCAUAAGUAUGUAUAAGAAAACAGAAGGAAACAGAUUGUUUUUCUUCUAGUAUUGUCUAGAUGAUGUAAUUAGGCUUAAGCUGAUGUUCAUUAGUAUUAUUUGAUGCAUAUUACGAUAGGUUGUAGCUUCCAGUGCCAAUCAAGUGAGUUCUUCCAAUAAUAUUACUAAGCUCUAAGGUUAUGCUAUUGCACACAUUCUUGUAUAAUAAUUUGUAAGCUAUUUAGAAUUAGUUGCUUAUGAAGCCUCACCUACCAUAAUGUUAAAUUCAAACUGCGGUUCUUUAUUGUUACUCAAUCACAGCCUGAUUCAUGUCCACAAAGCGAAUACAUAUAGUAAAAUAGCAUUAUUCAUAAGUGCAUUACUGAC